CGAUGCUCAGCUCAAGAGGUAUCGCCUUACUAUCGACUGUCGCCCACUUAACAACUUUCGGCUACUAGUGGAUGCUGACGCUACCUUUCUGUUCAUGCCGGUCGACGGUGCUCAAGGCACCAGUUGCAAGGGUAACGAGGAGCACGUCUACAAGCAGUAUCAGCGCGGUGCCAUUGUGCUUCUGC